AUUUAUUUAUUUAUUUUAUUACUAGUCCAGGACCUUGACGAAGUUCGUCACGGGGACCCUCGACGGGUCGUUCGCCGGGAUCGAGACGUCCUGCUUGCCGAGGGGGACCUGCGAGAACGCGGCGAGCGCGACCGCCAGCGCCGCGCCCUUGAAGGCGGCCCCGAGCCCCGGGCCGCCGGCCGCGUCGGGCUCGUCCUCCUUCCACCUGCGUGGAAAUCGAAUGGUGAGCACGGUUUCGUCGAUGGCGUGCGCGUCCAAAGUUUGAUUUCCACGCAGCCUUCCACCGCUCGCUCAGCAGGGCCGAGUCCUCGGGCGGCCGGUUGUACGCCGAGACCUUGUCGCGGGAGGAGAGGGUCGCACCGUCGAAUUGCUUCUCGGGGUCGGCGCCGCGGGGCGGCGGCGUCGGUUUCUUCGCGAAGGGGCCGAACGCCGCGGCUACGCUCGCGACGACCGCGCACGCAAGGGCGCGCCGCAUCACUUUUUGCUCUGUGCCGCUGCAGGGAUUAUGGCUGCUCCGGUGGAGUGCACUGGCAGUCUUCGACCCGCGGGAGCCCUUCGUCGCUGUACAAUCAAGCCGGCGCCACUGCUUGGCUUGCGUGCUUAGACUCAGGUGGUCAGACACAAAAAGCCAGCCGACCAGUAGAGCUGUACAAUCAAGCCGGCCCGGCGCCGAGACUGUGUGCAAUGCGCGGCCCGCCGACUGCCUCGUCGGUUUUGAGAGGAUGAGAGGCCUGGAGAGCUGAGCUACGGUGCGAGCC